UUGAAGGAUAAGUUCCUGUUACAAAACUGAAUGUCACAAACUUCAUCACUUUUGGUAGCUGACAUCAUCCCACCGUCUCCCCCACCUCUUCCUCCUGUGUCAUCCUCUCCUCCCCCUCUACUUUCAAUUCCCCCAUCUCCUUCCCCACACUGCCAAGGUCACGCAUGCUCCCCAUUCCUCUUUCCUCCGCACCAAGCAUUUUGGGUACUCGUCCCGUCCUUUGCACCCUGGGGGCUCUGUGUUUCUCCCAUGGCAUACCCUGUCUGCAGUAAUCUUGCACCACAUCAGCUUCUCUGUAAACCAGAGAUCUAUCAUGGCAUGCUUCUUGUUGCUAAAGGCUGUGAAGCACACAGAAGUCCUUGUACCAGUCCAUGGAAAAAGUGUCAUGGAGGUCUGCAUAUGCUUCCUUUAUGCUAUGAUACUUCUCCCAGGUAUUGCUGCCAGUGUGCAUCAGGUGAAGUCAUUUCUCAAUCACACUGCAUACCUAUCCUGCUAUUUUACAAACUCUCAGAAGACUGACGUAAAGGAUUUCAUAGUUUUUUGGCAAAAAGGUAAUGAAGUGGUGCACGAAGUAUACUAUGGCCAAGAAAAACAUGACAACCUUAGCCCUAAAUAUAUAAAUCGCACCAAGAUGGAUAUGGACAAAUGGACCUUGCAAUUGCUAAAUGCAGGAAUUGUGGACGAGGGACAGUAUAAAUGUAUUAUACAGCGCAGAGAUAAAAAGUCGCCAAAGGUCAUAUACACAUCUGAGUGCUUACUGUACAUCAUUGCCAACUAUAGUCAACCUGAGAUAGUGCGGCUGCACACUGGGGAACUAAAGCCCAACAAAUACUUGAAUCUUUCCUGUUCUUCCAGCGGAGGUUAUCCAGAGCCCAAGCAGAUGACUUGGCUAAUUUCACGCGAAAACAGAACACUCAGGCUUAUGCGUCACAUGGAUGUCUCACAGGAUGCUGUAACAAAGCUAUACAGUGUUACCACCAAGCUGAAUAUCACAGUUCCUGCAAACACCUUCACUAAUAUUAGCUGCUUGCUUCACCUUGGAGAGCAACUGGGGAGCCUUGUCUCAGUGCCACUAGGCAUAGAGAUACCAGGGGAAGAAAUGGAGCAAGUGAAGAUAGAUUUCUUGGGCCCACUUACAGCUGUGAUUAUACUGAUCACACUUCCUCUGUUUUUUGUGAUAUUGAAGAAGAAAAGAAAUAGCUCACCUACCAACCAGAGGAUUUAUACACACUGAUGAGAUCACCCUGAGGCUUCUCUUCUCCAGGCUGCACAGUCCCAGCUCUCUCAGCCCUUCCUCAGAUGAGAGAUCCUCCAGUCCCUUAAUCCUCUUUGAGGUCCUUCACUGGAGCCUCUUCAGUAUGUUGAUGUCUCUCCUGUACCAGGGAAUCCAGAACUGGACACAGGACUCCAGGUGUGGCCUCCCCAGUGCUGAGAGGAACGAUCGCCUCCCUCAUCCUGCUGGCAAUGCUGAUGCAGCCCAGAUACUGUUGGCAGCCUUUACCACGAGGGCGCACUGCUGCCUCAUCUUCAACCUGUCCGCUAGGCCAUCUAUGUCCUUUUCUGCAAAGCUGCUUUCUAGAUGGCUUGCCCCAGCCUGUACUGGUGUAUGGGGUUACUCAUCCCAAGGUGCAGGACUAUGAAUUUCCCUUUGUUGAGGUUCCUCUCUGCACAUUUCUCCACCCUCUUGAGAUCCCUCUGGAUGGCAGCACAACCCUCUAGUGUGCCACUCUUCCCAGUUUUUUAUCAACUAUAAACUUGCUGAAGGUACACUCGCUCCCAUCACGCAGGUCAUUAGUGAAGAAGAAACUCAAUUUUACUGCAGAUUUCUUAAUGUCAGACAGUACUACUGCACCAAGCAACGCUUUCUUAUGGUUAACAGGUGAGGGGACAGUGAAGUAUUGCAUUUCCAGACUAUUCCACAGUCACUUCUGAGGGGAUUGUCAUUAACAAACCAUCUCACUGCAAACAUCCCUUAGUGGACAUUUUCCUCUUCAGGUGAAUUAUUUGCUACUGGAUGUUGCAUUUGUCCACAGAAAUAUGGUGAUUCUAUUAAAAAAAAAAAUAAAUCUAGUUCUUGUGUGUAUUACCUCUAAGUUUUGGGUUCAAAUUCUCAUUCUCUCUCCUUUCCAAAUUCAGAAAGAAAAAAAAGCAAAAAAUAAUUAAAAAAAAAUAAAUACUUAUAUACACUGGAAUGCUGGGCUAUGAUAAUUAAUAAUUAGUCUCUUUUUGCUUUCCCAUCUUCUGGACUGUGAGGGCCAUAAUGUUGGGGCAGGGAAGAGUCUAAGGAAGACAUGUUUUCUGAUCUCAGGAUGGGCUACCAGGAGGCUGUCAAGAGAAAAAAUACAGUUGGGCAGGAAAGCUGGUGAAAGAAGAGAAAGAGGGGGAUAAAUGGAUAAGGGCUGAGAAGGUGUAAGGAAAAGAGUGAGACAUCAGGCUGGCUUCCAACAGGAAGUGCACAUGGAUCAAGUGCAGAGCCUAUGCACAAGACCCUGCUUCCUAGACCCCAGGAAAGAAAAGGUUCUGGCAGCUGUCUGACCAUUGCCUUUUGGGGAAGGCUUCUCUCCAGCCAGCAGCAGUGCCAUUAGCAAGGAGAGCUUCUGCACAGAGGUCCUGAAAUCCAGAAUAUUCUCACAGUCCUUGACUUGCCAUACCUCUUUACAUACUUGUGAAUUUGAUGGCUGAUAGGCAAAAUCAAACUUUUCUGCACUUAGUGCAUGCUUAAUGUCAAGACCUACAUACCUUUUGUCCACUGCUUUUGUUAAUAUAGUUUUUAAAACAAAAACCCAUGAAAAUCAUAAAAGUUAUGCCUAGUGACCCAUCCCUAAUAAGCAGUGCUUAUGAUUUCAGAAGGACAUAGAACCAGGAAAUAAAUGAAAGAUGAGGUGACAAUAGCUCAAAUUGCAGUUACAUGCAUAUACACACAGCUAAAGAACCACAUAUAUUGCCAACCCUCUUCGGAAAUAUACAAGUGAAAUCAAAAGCACAGCUAGUUUGUUUUGGAAUAAUUUUCUAAAGGUUUCCUCAGCCUAGUUCUAUUGCUGUUAGUAAGAGAAAAUGCUCCAUUUUCAGAGUGUUCAAAACUGAGAACUUCACUACCACCUCAACUUUACAACCCUUUUUCAUCUUUGCCCUCCAUCUGUCCUAUAGAACCCACAAUCUGAGAGAGACUUUUCUCAGGGUUCUCAACCAUGAAAACAGCUUUCACUUGUCUUUCUGUUUGCCAGAACUACAGUCUGUUACGCAGCUGAGAGGAUUAAUGCACUCCUUGCAGGUAUGAAAAUUUGUCUAUGAUACAGAAGCGGAGAUCUCGCUUCUUUAGCUUGCACUGUUAAAUGCACUACUGUAUCCAGAACCAUGUCAUAUUUCAAAAAGACAUUAAAGUAUUAGAAAUAGAAAAGUGAUAAAAAGUGAUAAAAGGUGACUAAGGCUCUAGAAAGCAAGUUUACACUGUGAAGUUUAUGGAGUUCAACCUAGGGAGAUGAUGAAGAAAAUGGAGGAAGGACCUGAACAAUCUGUCUAGCAUUCCAACACUUUGAAUGACUUGUUAGAUACAGAAGAUGUGAAAGAUCCUUCCUACUAAGCGACUCUUGUAUUGGGGAGCCCAGAACUGGAUGCACUACUACAGAUGUGGCCUCACCAGUGCUGAACAGAGGGGAAGGAUCACAUCCCUUGACCGGCUGGCAACACUCCCUCCUAAUGCAGCCCAGAAUACCAUUCACCGUCUUUGCCACAAGCACAGGUUGCUGGCUCAUGUUGAGCUUGGUGUCCACCAGGACCCCCAGGUCUUUUUCUGCAAAGCUGAUUUCCAGCUUGUCCAGCAUAUGCUGCUGCAUGUAAAGGAAGCAAAGAAGUUGAGUUAAAAGAGAAAGAAUAAGCAGGUUUCUAGGAUGUAUCUGAAAGAGCCAGCAUAUAAUAAAGGUUUGUACUGCAGAAUAGAAAGGGACUGAUUAAAAAAAAAAAAGUUAGAGUGAGGAAAAUUAUUACACUUAGCAAGAGACUCCAGGUGGGAAGAAAAGCCAAGACAAAUGCAAGAAAAGGAAAGAAGAUGCUCCACAGCAUAUUCUCUCAUCACUAAAUAGCUUCUUGAAAGAAUUAUCAGUGGUCACAGCUUCCACUAUGCAAAUUGCCUAUGGCAACAGAGCAUGUUGUGAAUGAAGUAGAAAUCAAGCUUUUCCUACCAGAUCAGACAACCAGCAGAGGAGGACUCAAAACUCUGAGAUCUUUCUUCAGAGAUUUUAUUUCUGUGUCUGGGUUAUUGUACAAGAUCCACUCUCCAACUACAGUUUAGAGAGUGUAUCAAGGUUUGGUCAAAUUGGAUUGGCUGAAACUGGCAGAAUUGUGUUGAUGCAUAACAACAUAUCAUAUGGGCAGUCAUCUUUGUCCAGAAGUAUUGGAAAAGAUAAUUUAAAAUAAUUAAUCUCUCAAUAACAACUAAUUCCUUCCUCUGCUCUAGUUCAGCUACAGUUAGAGCUGAUUGUUAUACUUAAAAGGUAUUGCUUAACAUCUUUGAAAUCAUGGGGAAGCAGGACAGAAGUGACCAGGAAUGAAAACUAGAUUGCAGACCUAAGCCUUUAUAGAAAUUCAAUUAGACUAUAAGCACUAGGAAGGGGGUUUUUUUGACUGGGUCAGUGAUUAAGUCCUUCUAUAUUAUGUAUGCACCCAGGGCAGAAAACAUAUAAAAACAACUGCAGUACAGGAACAGAGUAGGUUUUAUCAAGUAAAACCUACAAAAAUGCUCUAUCAGCAUAAAAUACCAAUAUAUUAAAAGCCAGCUUCCCCUAAAGUAAUGCAAAGCAGCUGCAUGAUCCCAGAAACCGGAGUUUGGAACCACAGCACAUAAUCUUUUCACGUAAGUUUUUACUACUUCUUAGCUUUCUCCCAUUGGCAAAAAGUGACCAAACUGAAUUCAAGGCUAUUGCAUCCUAGACAUUCAUCUGCAGGGGAAUUUUGGGAGGCUGACUGUAACUAGCCUCUCUAAAACCCAACACAAACACUCGCAGUGACAGUACACCACUGAGGGAAAAUGUAGUCUUAUAACGAGAGUCCUCAGUCAGGACACUGGGCUUGGCUCUUUGUUCUCUUUUCCGCUCCUUUGUUUUCCUGGAACACUUGACCAGCAGCAUCAACAGGCUCCCAAGCACACCGGGCGGUCUCCUCCUGCCCGACAAGCCUCCCUGAGACGGGGAGCACCUCCAGGAGGCAGCCCAAGCCACAGUCUUUGCUCAGGGGAAGGCCGCCAGUGCUCCCUGGUUGUGCUGACACCCUAGUACCCUCUUGAUUCCACAUCCAUUUUUUUCUUUUAAAAAAAAAAGUGAGGGGCAGCCCCCACCAUGCCCUGCCAGGGCAGAGCUCCAAUGGCCCCAACAGACACAUCUGGAGAUGCUGCUGUCAGAGGGUGUUUGUAGGGAGGUGGGGGUGUCACAGCAUCGCAGGCUGGGAGUGACAUCAGGAGGUCUCCAGUGCCACCCUGAAAGCUGCAAACAGCUCUGGUCAGCUCUGAGGUCAGACUGAGGGCUUUGUCCAGGCAGGUAUUGAAAACCACCAAGUAUGGAAAAUGCGCAACCUCGCAGUGGGGACUUGGCCUGCUGCUUCACUGUCCUCACAGAGUAAAAGCUUUUCCUUACACCCAACCUGAACCACUAUUCUUUCAGUUUCUGGCUGUCAUCUCUCACUAUGCACCACUGUGACCAGCCUGGCUCCAUCUUUUUAAUAGCUUCUUUGUAGGUGUCGGAAAGACGCAAUUUGGUACCUCUUCUGCAAGCCAAACAAAGCAAGCCCCUCCAGCCUCUCCUCACAGUGCAAGUGUUCCAGAACCAUCGUUACCCAGGCCAUCUCCCACCGAACUUGUUCCAAUUUAUCCACAUCUUUCUUGCACUAGGGAGCCCAGAGCUGGACAUGCUAUUAUAGAUAUUUUUUCUACGAGUGCUGAUUAAAAAGGGGUAGUGUUACUCCCCUCACUUGAUCCACUGGCAAUGCUGCUGUCAGUACUGCCCUGGAUACCAUUUACCUUGUUUGCUGCCAACACACUCUUCUAUUGUGAGUUACAUGGAUAGAAAUCAUCUCACCAACACCUUCUUCCAUAUUGAUGGGAUUCUUUUCAUCUUUUCCCCAGUGGCAGCUAACGAUUUUGGAGAUGAGGUGUUGAGAAUCUAUGCAUUCACUCAACCUGUCUUUAAUGUUGUGUUGUAGUCUUCUUGCCAUUUCUCCUCUUCUCUGGCCUGGCUCAUGACCAGCUCCACAAGUCUAGCCCACUUUCAAUAAAUUCUUUGCAAUUUGUUCUACUGACAUCUUGCAACUUUUUCAUGUGAAACUACAAGGUACUCAGAAGAUACAGAGAAAAGGAGAUUUUUUUUUUUUAUGUGAAGAGCCAGUCCAGGAAAAAAAACAGAAGUAAUGGGACAACAAGACUGAGGUUUAGAAAAGAGGGGAAAUGAUUUAUAAGGUGUGUUUGAAAGUGAAAAGAUAUUCAGACAACUAAAUGCAACAGGGAGAAUAGAACUCAUACUGACAGUUGAGAAACUGGAUGAUAACACAUCAGAGAGAGGGACAGAGACUCUCUUCCUUUUUCAUGAAACUUAUAAACCCUUGCAGGUGCAAAUUUCAGUUGGUAGAAAGCAGCUUUCCCCUCAGGAAAAAUAUUAAUAAUUUUGAGUAUACACUUACUCGUAAAGGGGAAAUUAUGAAAAAAAGUAUUUGUAAAAACUGGAAAAAUGUCUAGUCUAGGCAUUUAAAUUCAACAGUGUCAGUACUGUACAAUCCAAACAAAAUAAGGAUCAGAAUGAGAACAUAUAAAAUAUCAAAGUAAU